CCUCUAGGGAAGCCGCGGUGGAGGGGUGGAGGUGGCAGUAGCGCACGGCUCGGUUGACGUUUGACGUUCUCACGCUUGUGUCUUGGUCUUGGAGACUGGAGAUUUCGCUAUUUGUUUUGAGAUUAUCUGUUUUCUAGCGUUGUAUGCACCGCCAGCAGUUGCAAGAUGGAUGACGCCAUCAGUGUGGCCCUGAGGGUGCGCCCCCUCUCAGCUAGUGAGCUGAGCAGAGGGUGCCAGUCAUGCAUCGACUGUAUACCCAAUGAGCCUCAGGUGGUGAUGAGAAACACAGACCAGGCUUUUACUUUUAACUAUGUGUUCAGUCCUGAGUCUAGCCAGGCUGAGGUGUAUGACAAUGCUGUAAAGAAUUUAGUGCCCAAGUUAUUCAAGGGCUACAAUGUGACUAUCCUAGCUUAUGGUCAAACGGGGUCUGGUAAGACUCACUCAAUGGGAACGUGUUACAAUGGUGAAGGUGAAAUGGGUAUCAUUCCCAGAGCAGUGAGCGACAUAUUUGAAAAGAUAGCACAUUCCCAUGAUCAAGAUUUUAAAGUAUCAACAUCUUUUAUGGAGCUCUACAAAGAACAGUUAUUUGACUUGAUGGCAUGUAGCACUAAACCAAGGGACCAAUGCAUUGUGGACAUCCGAGAAGAUGCCAGAGGAGUUCACAUCCCAGGACUCGUUGACUUGGAAGUAAAGAGUGUUGAGGAGACAUUCAAGAGUCUUACGAUGGGCUCUGCUGCCCGUGCUACUGGUGCUACAGCAAUGAAUGCACAGUCCUCCAGGAGCCAUGCUAUUUUCACACUUACCAUACAAAUGUGUAAGAAAAACAAUGGUGGUGGUGACAUGGUUUCUAAGUUUCGUCUUGUAGACUUAGCUGGAUCUGAGAGGUCCGUAAAAACUGGUGCCACUGGGGAGCGAUUUAAAGAAGGUGUUAUUAUUAACAAGGGCUUGUUGGCUUUGGGGAAUGUGAUAUCUGCUUUGGGUGAUGGACAGCAGAGAGGCUAUGUUUCAUAUCGAGACCACAAACUUACCAGGCUCUUGCAAGAUUCUCUGGGUGGCAAUUCUAUCACCUUGAUGGUGGCAUGUGCCAGUCCUGCAGAUUAUAAUUUUGAAGAAACUUUAAGUACACUUAGGUAUGCAGAUAGAGCUCGUCACAUCAAAAACAAGCCUAUUAUAAACCAGGACCCAAAAGCAGCCGAAAUACUUCGCCUUCAGAAAGAGAUUGCUGUCUUGCGUAAAAAGUUAAGAAAAGCAGAAGAGAAUGCUUCCGUACCUGUGGAAGGUGAAUCUGAAUUAAAGAAGAAAUAUGAUUUGCUAGGAGAAGAAAAUGAAAAACUUUGUAGCAUCAAUGAUGAUACUGAAAGACUGAAGAGAUCUUCGGUCUCAAAUGAAAAGGAUGGGGAUGUAAAAAGUGAUGAAUCUGAAGCUGACAAUGUUAAAUCACCUAAUGUUCUAAAAAAGAGAAGAAUUAAAAAGCCCCUGAAUGAGACAUACGUUGAAGGUUUGGAAGGUUUCGAUUCAUCUGUUGCAUCUGACACCGAAACUGAUGAUCCAGAUAUGGAAACUGAUUACCGUGAAACACCCUUAUUUAAACGCCUCACAGAGGCCGAACUACAUGUGGAAAGAUCCUUAUCACAUAUGCCUGUAGCAAAGAAGCUAAAUUUCGCUGAGGAUGGAGAUCUUGAAAAAGAUAAAGAGAAUUCUGAAGCUGACAUCUUUAAAUCACCUAAUGCUCCAAAAAAGAGAAGAAUUAAAAAGCCAAGAUAUGAAACAUUUUCGGAAUUUAAUUCACCACAAUUGGUUAAGCCUUCUGGGUCAGGGGAAUGAAAGUAUUUUCCUGAAGCUAAAUUUUAAUUCCAUUGUCUCUUUGUGAUAUUUUAGAUCAAAUUUGUUAAUCCUGUUUAGCUGUGGAAAGGUUUUGAAUUUAUUUUGUCCUAAUUUACAACUAGAAUCUAUAUAAUCUUAACCCUGUACCAUACUUAAUA